CCAAAAACAAUGCAUGAAAGUGCCAAUUUCACUAUGGCAUUUAUUGCAUAAUGGAAAGUGAUUCAUAUUCAUCUUAUUCAGAAUACGUGGGGUAACUGGGUAGAUGCAGUUAAAUCGAUCUGCCAUUGCAAACCCAGUAGACUUUUUAGUAGUCUUUUUACACUUCCAUUCGCUGUGAGAAUUUCUAGCACAACCAUGUAUGAAAUUAUUUGCACAUAUACACAUACACACAUAUGUGUGUAUGUAGAGAAUAUGUAUGUGUGAGUGUUUUAUAAGUGUACAUGCACAUAUGGAGUUUGUGUGAGUGUUUUAUAAGUGUAUAUGCACGUAUGGCAUUUGUGUGAGUGUUUUAUAAGUGUAUAUGCACAUAUGGAGUUUGUGAGUGUUUUAUAAGUGUAUAUGCACGUAUGGAGUUUGUGUGAGUGUUUUAUAAGUGUAUAUGUAUGUAUGGAGUUUGUAUGAGUGUUUUUUUAGUCUAUAUGCACUUGUGGAGUUUGUGUGAGUGUUUUAUUAGUGUAUACACAUGUGUCUAACUUGUAUGUGUGCAUGAGUGUAGUCUUGGUGUUGGUCUGCGUUUCACAUUGGUGUGUGCAAGCAUUUCAUAUGUAUUUAUUUGAGGAUUCCAUAGUACACAUGUACGUGUGAGUAAUUUACAUAUGUGUAUGCAAGUGUUUCAUAUAUGAACGCAUAAGUAAAGUUUGAUUUAAUCCCUAAUUGGCGCCUCAUAAUAAAAUGCUUAAAAACAGAAUACUGAUUCUGGGAAGUUGUAGUUCCCUAGUUUGGCCACACGAGCUCCAAGCUCCAUCGAGCACAACACACAACGAUUGUAUAUAUUAAGACUAAGACACAUUGUAAAUGAGAUGAGGUAAUGAUCUGAGAUAAGAACAGGGGUAAUGUGACUAUAUUUUCUCUAUUUAAUCUGAAUAUUACUAUCAAGUCACACUCCCACUGCCUGACUACAUCUUACCUUCUUGUGGCUCUCACACCCUGCAGAACUGGCGUACUCCAGCUGAAUUUCUAAUGGGAGCUGUUUCUCCACCCAAUUCACACUUUGAAAGUUCCCAGUAUGCCUCUCUGUCAUCAGCACAAGGCCUCAGUGCUCCACUGAUGAAGCACAAGGUCAUGCUGUGGCAGAUGUUUGCUGCUGUUUCUGCUGCUGUGUGUUUGAGUGUUUUUCAGGAAUCACAGAAUGCACCUCAGUCCUGCGACUGUGAUGGAGAAACAGAUGUUUGCUGCUAGUGUCAUUGGCGUCACCCCAGCUGGCCUGAUGGAAGACCGCUGUACCGUUUUUUAAUUUUUGGCAGCAGCAGAAUUGUUUGAUUUGGUGUCAGAGCCGCUGCUGGUCCUGUUUGACUUUACAGCAUACAGCUGUGUAAGAGAAACAAUUUAUUAUCGCACUAUCUGGUGUCACCCAGAUGAGGAUGGGUUCCCUUUUGAGUCUGGUUCCUCUUCAGGUUUCUUCUUCCUGUAGUCUCAGGGAGUUUUUCCACACCACCGUCACCUCUGGUUUACUCAUUAGGGAUCUAAAUCUACAAACUGCUGCUGCCAGAAUGAAAGAAAUGGGCUUUACAGGAUUCUGACUUCGGAUGUCAUUACAGUCUUAAGCGCAACUCAGACAAAGGUGUUUUCAGAAAUUGUACUUUAUUGACCUGAUCAAAGACUGCCAAUAAAUCUGCAAAUAAAUCCUGUUUAUAAAACUAGUAAAAGUUACUGCCCUUUGCCCUCUGCACAAUAAAAAAGUAGAAGGUACUCGUGCAGUACUCCAUUUCAGGAGUAAAAACACAGGUUUGAUUUAACACACCGAUGUUGGAGUGAAGUAAACGUGUGUCCUGCUGUAAUCUGAAGAAGGAGACAUGACCUCCAACAUGAGUGUGUCUGGAAAACAGGACUUAAAGAAAGACAAGAGAAUGAUUGCAGGAAAGAGAUCACACUCACCAGAACCCAGCUGUGCGUCCAUGAAGAGUGACUGGUCAAUGGAAAAGCCGAUUGCCUUCAGAGACAGAGACAGUUCUACUGAUGUGAGACCACAAAAGAAGAACUCAAACAUCAGCAGAAAUCAGUUGAAGUGCAUAUUCAAGGAGCUGGAACACAAAGUCAUCACUCUGAUAAAGAAUGAGCUGAAGAGGUUUAGGAAGCUCCUGACUCCAGAUUACUCAGCACACACUGAGAGGGAUGUUGAGGAUGAGGCGGAUCUGCACAGUGUCAGAAAGGGAGUUCUGAAGAUCACACUGGACGCCCUGAAGAACAUGAACCAAGCAGAUCUCGCUAACACACUGCUCAACAAGUCUUUGACAUCUGUGUACCAGCCAAAGCUGAAAUCCAAUCUGAGAGAGAAGUUUAAAAGAAUUAAUGAAGGAAUCUCACAGCAUGGAAGUUCAGCACUUCUGAAUGAGAUCUACACAGAGCUCUACAUCACAGAGAGUUGGAGUGGAGAUGUCAAUAAUGAACAUGAGGUGAGACAGAUUGAGACAGCUUCCAGGAGACCAGCAACACAGGAGACACCCAUCAAAUGUAAUGAGCUCUUUAAAGACAAGUCCAUCAGAAGUGUGCUGACUAAAGGAGUUGCUGGAAUUGGAAAAACUGUCUCUGUGCAGAAGUUCAUUCUGGACUGGGCUGAAGGAAAAGCAAAUCAGGACGUCACCUUCAUGUUUCCACUUCCCUUUCGAGAGCUGAAUCUGAUAAAGCAGACAAAUCUCAGUCUGAUGGAUCUUCUUCAUCACUUUUUCCCAGAAAUAAGAAAACUAAAAUUAUUAGACUGUGACUCCUACAAAGUGCUGUUGAUCUUUGAUGGUCUGGAUGAGUGUCGACAUCCUCUAAAUUUCCAGAACAGUGAGCGAUUGUGUGAUAUGACAGAGUCAGCCUCAGUGGAUGUGCUGCUGACAAACCUCAUCAAGGGGAAUCUUCUUCCCUCUGCUCUCCUCUGGAUAACCACUCGACCAGGAGCAGCCAAUCAGAUCCCUCCUGACUGUGUAGACCAGCUAACAGAGGUACGAGGGUUCAGUGAUCCUCAGAAAGACGAGUACUUCAGGAAGAGGAUCAGUGAUCAGAGCCUGACCAGUAAAAUCAUCACACACGUGAAGUCUUCAAGAAGCCUCUACAUCAUGUGCCACAUCCCAGUCUUCUGCUGGAUCUCAGCCACUGUUCUAGAGAGAAUGUUGGGUGAAGCAGAGAGUGGAGAGAUCCCCAAGACUCUGACUCAAAUGUUCACACACUUCCUGAUCUUUCAAAUCAAACACAAGGACCAAAAGUACCAUCAGAAAUGUGACCCUGAUCCUCAGCAGACCAGAGAGAGUAUCUUGGCACUGGGAAAACUGGCUUUCCAACAGCUGGAGAAAGGCAACCUGAUCUUCUAUGAGGAAGACCUGAGAGAGUGUGGCAUUGAUGUUAGAGAAGUGUCAGUGUACUCAGGAGUGUGUACCCAAAUCUUCAGAGAGGAGUUUGGGCUUCACCUGGGGAAAGUGUUCAGCUUUGUACAUCUGAGUGUUCAGGAGUUUCUGGCUGCUUUAUACACAUUUCUCUCCUUCAUCAGCAGAAAUGUAACAGAACAACAAACCACUGAUCUGUCUGAUCUUCUCAACAAGACAAACAUGUCUGAUCUCCUCAGGAGUGCAGUGGACAAGGCCUUACUGAGUGAGAAUGGACACCUGGACCUAUUCCUCCGCUUCCUUCUGGGUCUCUCACUGGAGUCCAAUCAGACUCUCUUACGAGGCUUAAUGCCACAGACAGGAAGCAGCUCUCACAGUAAACAGGAAACAGUCGAGUACAUCAAGGAGAAGAUCAGGGAGAAUCCAUCUCCAGAGAAAUCCAUCAAUCUGUUCCACUGUCUGAAUGAACUGAAUGAUCAUUCUCUGGUGCAGGAAGUACAAACUUACCUGAACAGAGGAGGUUAUAGUCGUCUCAGUGGAACCAGACUCUCUCCUGCUCAGUGGUCAGCUCUGGUGUUUGUGUUACUGAACUCAGAACAGGAGCUGGAUGUGUUUAAUUUGAGGAAAUAUGACCCAUCAGAGGAAUGUCUUCUGAAGCUGCUGCCAGUGGUCAAAGCCUCCAGGAAAGCUGAGCUGUGUGAGUGUAAUCUGACAGAGGAAAGCUGUAGAGGUCUGUCCUCAGUUCUCAGCUCAAACUCCUCCAGUCUGAGAGAACUGAACCUGAGUGUAAAUAAACUGCAGGAUUCAGGAGUGAAGCUGCUUUUCACUGGACUGGAGACUCCACACUGUACACUUGAGAAACUGAGGCUGUGUGAGUGUGAUCUGACAGAGGAAAUCUGUAGAGUCCUGUCCUCGGUUCUCAGCUCAAACUCCUCCAGACUGAGAGAACUGGACCUCAGUAACAAUAAACUGCAGGAUUCAGGAGUAAAGAUGCUCUCUGCUGGACUGGAGAAUCCACACUGUUCAGUGGAGAAACUGAGGAUGAAUUACUGCAGUAUUACAGAUGAAGGUUGUGCAGCUCUGGCUUCUGCUCUGAGGUCAAACUCCUCAUCACACCUGAGAGAACUGGAUCUGUUUGGUAAUAAUCCAGGAGAAUCAGGAGUGAAGCUGCUCUCUGAUCUACUGAAGGAUCCACACUGUAAACUGGAGACACUACACAUUGAGCUUUAUAAACUCACCAGGACUGGCAUAUGACAGGAGUCUCAACUCAAAACUAUUUUCUAGGAUAAAGCAGUUUUGGUAAAGCGUUAGAACCCGUCCCACAUUUCCAGCAGUUUGGGAGCUGAAUCAUUUAUAUUCAGAUGUAGAAGUUCCAUAACAAUAACCGUGACUGAUCACAUCCUUUAAUCCACUCAGCUACAAGUUACUUCAGGCUUUAAUAACACACAGUAUCUCAAAAAAGUGAGUACAUUUUGUAAAUAUUUGAUUACAACUUUUCAUGUGACAACACAGAAGAAAUGACACUUUGCUACAAUGUAAAGUAGUGAGUGUACAGCUUGUGUAACAGUGUAAAUUUGCUGUCCCCUCAAAAUAACUCGACACACAGCCAUUAAUGUAUAAACCGCUGGCAACAAAAGUGAGUACACCCCUAAGUGAAAAUGUCCAAAUUGGGCCCAAUUAUCCAUUUUCCCUCCCCGGUGUCAUGUGACUUGUUAGUGUUACAAGGUCUCAGGUGUGAAUGGGGAGCAGGUGUGUUAAAUUUGGUGUCAUCGCUCUCACACUCCCUACUCACUACUUUUGAACUCCUGACAAUUGUUGAAAUGAAGAUGAAGAUGAUAAUGCUAAUAAUAAUGACGCAUGUCCAGGGCACAAUAAGCAGAAUAGUACAGAAUAAAGGAGGGACGAGGAUUACAAAUAAAAAUAAAAAUGUUUGAAAUAUUAAAACAUUUGUGGAUCAUCAAUUCUUUUAAUUUUUUCAUUAAUAGGACAUUUAUUUUUUGAAGAAGACCAUUCAAUCCAGUACGGGUCAUUUGGACCCCCUUUAUGCAGUCGUGAAGGUUUUUUUGGUUCAUGCAUUGUAGGGUUAAAAAUCAAAAAUCUGUGCAUCAUACCUGACACCUAGAUGAACACUUUACAGUUGGUUUUGUGACUGUAAGUCCAUCCAUCCAUCUUCUAUGCCGCUUAUCCUUUUUCAGGGUCCCGGGGAACCUGUCCAUCCUACCAAUCCAUCGCAGGGCACACAAUCACACACCCAUUCAUACUCUACGGACACUUUAGACAUGCCAAUCAACCUACCAUGCAUGUCUUUGGACUGGGGGAGGAAACCGGAGUACCAAGAGGAAACCCCUGCAGCACGGGGAGAACACGCAAACUCCUCACACAUGCAAACUCCGCACACACAGAGCUGUGGGAGUCAAACCCCCUACUCUGGUGGUGUGUGAGACGAACGUGCUAACCACUAAGCCACUGUUCGCCCUGACUGUAAGUCAUUCCCUUCAAAUGCUAUUGAGCUUUAAAUAAUGGUAUUUUGUGUAUGGGCCCAUUUGGUAGUGAAAUUCAUAUAAAAUUAUA